CGGAUCAGAGAAGACCAGAAAAAUAUUGCAGACUGAAGAACAUGCCUGAUCCAGUGAAGAUCUUGAAGAGGCUGCAGUCAACUAAGGCAACCCUCGUCAACCUUCAUCAGAUCUGGUCCUCUUCCAAUCAUGUCGCGAAGGCCCAUAACAAGCACGAGGCUUUGAUCCGUCCAUCAUCCUUCCUCUACACAGAGUUGGCAACACGCUGGGCGCUAGUGUUGAAGAACAUCGAGGAGCAAGCACCGUACGGUCUUGGUGAUACUCCUACCAUCCAAUGGCAACAACAGCGCUACCAUCGGAUCAUUGAUUUGCUUACCUCAAGACCACCACCGGAUACACCGGAAAGGGCCAAACAAUUUGGAGAAUGGCUGCACGAGUUCAUGUCUGAGCAUCAAUCCGCUUUGCUAGGUGUAGGACGCUCUGUCAAUGAAGCGCUCGACCGGGGCGCAACACCGGAACAGAUGGAUGACGAGCGGACGAACAAGUUCUUUGAUGACUUUUACACUCUCAACAUGGGGAGCAGGCUCUUCAUUGCAGAACAUCUUGCGUUGGUACGAGGUGAUGAAACGAGGGUAGUCAAGGCCAUUGAUCCCGCCAAGGUCGCUGAGCGGGCCAGUGCAGACGCCAUAAGGGUUACCUCCGCCUACUUCACCUCGUCUCCGGCGCCCAAGAUCAACAUAUUCAAGGCACCAAAGGUUUCUCAGACGAUCUAUGUCGAAGAACACCUCCACCGCAUCCUCUUCGAAGUGCUCAAGCACUCCAUCGCACGAACACACAACCACCACGCUUCAAAAGCCUCACACUUAUCACGAGACCGAACACUCCCCGAAAUCCGAAUCAUCAUCGCCGAAGGAGAACAAGACGUCUCCAUCAAAAUCUCCGACCAAGGCGGCGGCUUCCCUCUCUCAACCUGCGAAAGAAUCUGGUCUUACUACCACUCCCGCCCCCCACCAACCGGAAACACAACGCCGUCCUUCGCUUCCGAAAUAAACGGCAACUCACCAGACCCCAAAACACAGAUUUCUUCUUUCGUCGACUACGCACAGGUUCCCUACGAGAGCUAUGGACACGGUAUGCCGAUUGCACGCUUAACGAGUAGGUACUUUGGUGGCGAGUUGGCGGGUGUGCAUAUGGAGGGUUACGGGAGUGAUUACUUUUAUAAUUUGAGCAGGGACAGGCACAUUAUGGAGGGACUUCCAAAAGAGCAUUGAGGUGAUUGGAUUGUUAGUGCUGGGGCAUUCAUAGUGUUAGAGUCGGUAUAGUACGAUAGGGACGUCGCCAUGAGGAGAUUGAGGCUUUGUACGAUUAUGAGAAUGACGCAAAAGUAUUGAUAGAAUGCAUCAACA